AUGAGCGAAGAUACUGCGUCUUCAUCGUCUAGCACCAAUUCGCAGGACCGCGGUAAAAGGAUUGAAUGGUCUCUAUCGCAACCUAUCGAUCGAGGAUCUCACCGUAGUGUUUUGCGCACUACUGAAAAGUCCGUUGUUUUUCGAGUACGCACACAAGAAAAACUGUCAAGUGGUGGAGGAAAACGAGCGAGUAAUAACAGCUCGUCACAGACGCUACGAUUGAUGCACAGUGAAGAGACAAGUGGCAUGGAAGAUGCUAAUGUUCACGAAACGCUAAAAGAGCUAUAUGCAGAGGUCGAGCGCAAGAAACAGUGGCUGAACAACGAGGAGAAGGCGUUUCAAUGUGGUCAACAACAUCUAAACAGUUUACAGCGAGAAUAUGCAGCGCUUAUAGGUAAUUUGGAGCAGUGUAAACGAAGCCAGCAAGAACGAUAUCGUAUUCAGGAUAUGGUGAGAGGACCACGUGGAGAGAGUGGAAAGUAUGAUUGUGGAAGAAGUAGUGACAGUGACAGCGACUAUAGUAGUUAUAAAGAGCAUCGUCGAAGCAGUAGCAGUCGUCGCCGUAGUCGAUCACAACGAGAUGGUGCGAGAAAAGAGCGAAAACGAUUGCGACAAUUCCAGAGCGAAGUGUCUUUACGAUUCCAACUAUUACAGUCAGAAUGUCGACAAACGGACCUGAAGCUUGAUAAGUUGGUGUCUGAUUUACGUCGAGAAUAUGCCGAUUCGUGUCUCUUUGGUACGUCUUUAAAUUUCUAG